CUCUCACCUGCGACAGCUCGCACCACAUGCCGACGCCGCCAUUGGCCACUUUACCAGACAGAACGAAGAACAGGUUGUCGGGGGUCAGUCGCAGGACGCACGUCUUCGUCAGCUUCGAGAUGGUGGUGACGACUCCUGAACAGACGGUGUCCGUGGUGACAGCUACAACAAUCAGCUGGUUUGUGCUGACGGGGUCAAACUGCCCCCCCAGGGCGUGGUCGUAGAGGAGAGGGAGGAGGCGAAGCGUGUAACAGACUCACACAGCGACAUCCAUCAGCGGAGGAGCGACAGAACCGGACCAGAGCAAGAUGAGGGAAAUCGUUCACAUCCAGGCGGGACAGUGUGGGAACCAGAUCGGCACCAAGUUGUGAGGACACCCGCUCACAUCUUACAUUCUCAAGCCCCUCAUCUGAACUUUGACCUGAUUCUAACCUGAACCGAGAACCAAGUGUUAACGCUGAAGAAGCUGGGUGAAGUCGUGGCAACGGUGGUCCGCACCAAGUGUCAGGCGAGCGAGAAAUAAGAGAAACGGCAAACAAACAGCGAGCAGCUCGUUGUGACCAUGAAGGAUGCUGGGUAAUUUCUGGGAAGUGAUCAGCGACGAGCACGGCAUCGACCCUGCGGGAAACUACGUGGGCGACUCGUCUCUUCAGCUGGACAGAGUCGACGUGUACUACAACGAGGCGUCGUCACAUAAAUACGUCCCCCGGGCAGUGUUGGUCGACCUGGAACCAGGAACCAUGGACAGCGUUCGCUCAGGAGCCUUCGGACAACUCUUCAGACCAGACAACUUCAUCUUCGGUCAAACAGGUGCGGGGAACAACUGGGCCAAAGGUCACUACACGGAGGGGGCGGAGCUCGUGGACUCGGUCCUGGACGUAGUGAGGAAGGAGUGUGAGCACUGCGACUGUCUCCAGGGUUUCCAGCUGACACACUCGCUGGGCGGCGGCACCGGCUCGGGCAUGGGCACCCUGCUGAUCAGCAAGAUCCGGGAGGAGUACCCCGACCGGAUCAUGAACACCUUCAGCGUCAUGCCGUCACCCAAGGUGUCGGACACCGUCGUGGAGCCCUACAACGCCACCCUGUCGGUCCACCAGCUGGUCGAAAACACCGACGAGACCUACUGCAUCGACAACGAGGCCCUGUACGACAUCUGCUUCCGCACUCUCAAACUCACGACGCCGACCUACGGCGACCUCAACCACCUGGUGUCAGCCACCAUGAGCGGCGUGACGACUUCGCUCCGUUUCCCCGGGCAGCUCAACGCAGAUCUGCGCAAGCUCGCCGUCAACAUGGUUCCUUUCCCGAGACUCCACUUCUUCAUGCCGGGCUUCGCUCCUCUGACGGCGAGGGGCAGUCAGCAGUACCGAGCCCUCACCGUUCCCGAGCUCACGCAGCAGAUGUUCGACGCCAGGAACAUGAUGGCAGCUUGCGACCCUCGCCACGGCCGCUACCUGACCGUCGCCACCGUCUUCCGUGGGCCCAUGUCCAUGAAGGAGGUGGACGAGCAGAUGCUGAACGUCCAGAACAAGAACAGCAGCUACUUCGUGGAGUGGAUCCCCAACAAUGUCAAGGUGGCCGUCUGCGACAUCGCUCCCCGCGGGCUCAAGAUGGCCGCCACCUUCAUUGGCAACAGCACGGCCAUCCAGGAGCUGUUCAAGAGGAUCUCGGAGCAGUUCUCGGCCAUGUUCCGCAGAAAGGCCUUCCUGCACUGGUUCACUGGCGAAGGCAUGGACGAGAUGGAGUUCACGGAGGCGGAGAGCAACAUGAACGACCUGGUGUCCGAGUACCAGCAGUACCAGGAGGCCACCGCCAACGAGGGCGAGGACACCUUCGAGGACGAGGAGGACGAGAUCGAGGAGUAGAGCGAGCGACGAUGAAGGUCUGAGAGGAAGCUGAGAGUCGGUACCUGGUCACAGUUGGUAAAAAUAAAGAGCUGAAAAUGAGCAGUAGCUUCA